CCUGUCUAAUUUGGCAUGGCUCUAUCCACCAGGUACAAGAUAACUGACAUCAUUGGGAAGGAAGAAGGACUUGGAGCAGAGAACCUUCGAGGUUCUGGAAUGAUUGCUGGGGAGUCCUCGUUGGCCUACAACGAGAUCAUCACCAUCAGCCUGGUUACAUGCAGGGCCAUUGGGAUUGGGGCUUACCUUGUCCGACUGGGACAGAGAACCAUCCAGGUUGAAAAUUCUCACUUAAUCCUGACAGGAGCUGGGGCCCUCAACAAAGUCCUCGGGAGGGAAGUAUACACCUCGAACAACCAGCUGGGGGGCAUCCAGAUUAUGCACAACAAUGGGGUGACGCACAGCACCGUCUGUGAUGACUUUGAGGGGGUGUUCACCGUCCUGCACUGGCUGUCUUACAUGCCGAAGAGUGUAUACAGUUCAGUUCCUCUCCUGAAUUCCAAGGAUCCGAUAGACAGAGUCAUCGAGUUUGUGCCCACAAAGGCGCCGUAUGACCCUCGGUGGAUGCUGGCAGGCCGGCCUCACCCAACCCAGAAAGGUCAGUGGUUGAGUGGAUUUUUUGACUAUGGCUCUUUCUCAGAGAUCAUGCAACCAUGGGCACAGACUGUGGUGGUUGGCAGAGCCAGGCUAGGAGGAAUACCCGUGGGAGUAGUUGCCGUAGAAACCCGAACAGUGGAGCUGAGUAUCCCGGCUGAUCCUGCAAACCUGGAUUCUGAAGCCAAGAUUAUCCAGCAGGCUGGCCAGGUUUGGUUCCCAGACUCCGCGUUUAAGACGUAUCAGGCCAUCAAGGACUUCAACCGUGAAGGGCUGCCUCUGAUGGUCUUUGCCAACUGGAGAGGCUUCUCCGGUGGGAUGAAAGAUAUGUAUGACCAAGUGCUGAAGUUUGGCGCUUACAUCGUGGAUGGCUUACGGGAGUGCUCACAGCCCGUGAUGGUCUACAUUCCUCCACAGGCCGAGCUCCGAGGUGGCUCCUGGGUGGUGAUUGACCCCACCAUCAACCCGCGGCACAUGGAGAUGUACGCGGACCGAGAGAGCAGGGGAUCCGUCCUGGAGCCAGAAGGGACAGUAGAAAUCAAAUUCCGCAGAAAGGAUCUGGUGAAAACCAUGCGUCGGGUGGACCCAGUCUACAUCCACUUGGCUGAGCGAUUGGGCACCCCGGAGCUCAGUGCAGCCGAGCGGAAGGAGCUGGAGAGCAAGCUGAAGGAGCGGGAGGAGUUCCUCCUUCCCAUCUACCACCAGGUGGCUGUGCAGUUUGCAGACUUGCACGACACCCCGGGCCGCAUGCAGGAGAAGGGAGUCAUUAACGACAUCCUGGAUUGGAAGACUUCACGCACCUUCUUCUACUGGCGGCUGAGGCGUCUGUUGCUGGAGGACCUGGUCAAGAAGAAAAUCCACAACGCCAACCCCGAGCUGACCGACGGCCAGAUCCAGGCCAUGUUAAGGCGCUGGUUUGUGGAGGUGGAGGGAACCGUGAAGGCCUAUGUUUGGGACAACAACAAGGAUCUGGUGGAGUGGCUGGAGAAACAGCUGACAGAGGAAGACGGUGUCCGCUCGGUGAUCGAGGAGAACAUCAAGUACAUCAGCAGAGACUACGUCCUCAAGCAGAUCCGCAGCUUGGUCCAGGCCAACCCAGAGGUCGCCAUGGAUUCCAUCGUCCACAUGACGCAGCACAUCUCACCCACCCAGCGAGCAGAAGUCGUUCGGAUCCUCUCGACGAUGGACUCGCCGUCCACGUAGGAAGAGCUGCCUGCCCACCCCCGCCCUGCCUCUGGAGCCGAGGGCCAGAGUGGCCCAUCAUACCCGAAACCACCGCGAUGAGCAGGCACAGGAGACCAGCGCUGGAGUCAAGUGGCUUUUUGCUUCCCCUCGAUGUGUUCCGGUUCCGCAUGACACUUUGGGCCGCGGGCCACAGCACCCCGUUCAGUAUUUAUUACCCUGGCUGUGGCCGCAGCCCCCGCUCCCCACCCGAACCUAAAAGGCAAUGACGGGUACAGCAUGUACCACGAGGUCUUCCUACACCCGAGCAGGGUCGUCCUGGCCGCCCCGGCCCACGCUCGGAGGCGGGGUGGUUG